UUACGGUUAGAAAAUAUACGAUGGCACCUCAACCUACCGGAUCCACAUCGACAAUAUCGGGCGGAACGUCAUCAGGAACACAAAUAAAUGUCAUGGAUUCCACAUCUACACACAAUGAGCAAACAAGACAAGAUUUGGAGUUGAAGCUUCAAGAAUUGAUUGAGUGUCUGCUAGAACUUAGUAUCACAGUCUACGACUUUCAAUCUGAGAGCAACGCUCUAGUGCACCAGAAAAUUCAAGACCUCAUUGCACAACUAUCUGAUAUUGAAGGAUUCAAAGAUAAACUGGACAUGAUGGUGCCAUGGGAGGUUUUGAGUUAUAUUGAGGAUGGAAAGAAUCCUGAUCUGUUUUCAAAGAGUUUUGUGGAAGCUGUUGCCGGAGAAAACCAAUUUACAAACGGAAAAAUCACAGCGUUGAAGAGUUUUGAGGCAGCAUUGAUGCAAAAUUUAGGGUCAACCUUUCCAGAUGAAAUGUUAGAUUAUCAGCAAAUCCUUAAAAACGAUGAAGCCAUGAAAUCUGACCCAGUAGUGAAUACUAUGCUAUCUGACGAUACUUCAUCACCAUCUGUGCCUGAGCAGACGGCUGAAGGCUAUUCGAUGUCAAAUAAUACCUCUGCUUCACCUCCACUAUAAGCAUAUUAGAGAAUACACCUCUCAAAUUGUAUAUUACUUUUCGCUUUCAUUCUUGAGUAUUUUAAUUUUUAGAAAUAGUGAUAAAGUUGAAAG